CCGGGCACUCCACACGCUUGGAGAUAUAUAUCUCAGCCAUUUGACCUCAGCUGGAUCGAUAACUUCCCAGGUUCGUUUACCUCGCUGCAUAUUUCACGCAAACCUUUCAACACUCGUUAUGAGGACCAGUGCUGCCAUCUUGGGCGCUGCAGCUCUUUGUGCUGCGUCAUCUAACACCACUGAAGAUGGUUUGGUCACCAAUGGAGUGGUCUCCCUCGGAGAUUGGCAGACUGCCUUUAACAAGGCUCAGAACUUUGUCUCACAGCUCACGAUCGAGGAAAAGAUCACCAUAAUCGGAGCUGGAUCUCUCACCAACAGCUCUGCCAACUGGACUGCACUCGGAAUCACCGAUGGUCCUCAAGGAGCCGAGAACUUCUAUUAUGAGAGUGCAUUCUCUAUGACAUGCGCUCUGGCUAUGACCUGGGACAAAGAUGCUAUCUACAAACAGGGCAAGGCUGUGGCUACUGAGUUCUACCAGAAGGGUUUACAGGUCUUAGCCGGUCCUGUGUCAAAUCCGAUGGGCAGAUCUGCAUGGGGUGGUCGAAACGGCGAAUCGUUCGGACCGGAUAGCUAUUUCAAUGGUAUUCUGGGUGGAAUCAGCGCUAAGGCCUACCAAGCUGGUGGCGUUAUCGCUGGUGGUAAGCACUUCAUCUUGUACGAACAAGAGACCAACCGCACUUCGUCCGGCGGUGGUAUGGGUGGCGGUAUGGGUGGCGUGUCCGGUAACAGCAGCUCCAUGCCCUCAGGCUCUGCACCUUCGGGUUCUGUUCCAUCAGGCAUGAUGCUCAGAGUCAGAGCGGAUAACUCUUCUUCGAUUGUCUCAGGAGAAGAUUCAAGCGACACUGCCCCGUACUCUUCCAACAUAGACGACAAGACUUUCAGGGAGACCUAUUUGUGGCCCUGGUACGAUAUCAUCAAGGCUGGUACUGGUGCUGUCAUGUGCGCGAUGACUGAGAUCAAUGGUACUGCAGCCUGUGAAGAUGAGUCCCUCCUUAUGGGCACACUCAAAUCCGAUCUUGGUUUCCCUGGUAUGGUCUGGCCUGAUCAGAACGGACAGAAAACUGCACUUGGUUCGGCUACUGGAGGUCUGGACUACGGAUCAUCCAGCACUUGGUCCACAUCGACUAUCAACGCCUUCUUGAGCAAUGGCUCUCUUACCGAAGCACGCCUCGAUGAUAUGGUCAUCCGUAAUGUCAUCGGCUACUAUAGAGCUAAUCUGGACAAUGGAGAGCAACCUUCAAAGGCCGAGUACGACGACUAUGUCGAUACCAUGUCCAGCCAUGCUGAGAUCAUUCGAGAAAAUGGAGCCAAGUCAAUCGUCCUUCUCAAGAAUGAAGGUGGUCUCCCCCUCGACAGACCUAGAAGGAUCAGUAUCUUCGGAUCUAAUGCUGGACCUGUGAUGGGGGGACCCAACAUGCAAUUCACUGUCCAAGGAUCUGGACCAACAUACCAGGGUCAUCUUGCCAGCGACUCUGGCUCUGCUCAAUCUUCGUUGCCUUAUCUCAUCACUCCUGACGCAGCUAUUACAUUGAGAGCAUCCAAAGAGCACACUAAUGUCAAAUGGAUCUUAAAUGACACGUACACUGCAAGUAGCUCUGGCAACACUCUGGUAACCCUCUCCUCCUCUGAGACUGCUGUAGAUGCUUCUUAUGCUGGCUACGCCGCUGCGAGUGAUGCAUGCCUGGUUUUCAUCAACGCUCUUUCUGGUGAAGGUGCCGAUCGCACUGAGCUAUACAACAACGAUCAGGAUACAAUGAUCAACACCGUAGCAGCCAACUGCAACAACACCAUCGUCAUUAUCAGUACAACUGGUGUUCGCCUAGUCGAUCAGUGGAUCGAGAACGAGAACAUUACUGCCGUUCUAUACUCUGGUCCCCUUGGCCAAGAAAGUGGCAACUCUAUCACGGACGUCCUCUAUGGCGACGUGAACCCUUCGGGCAGACUCAUACAUACGAUCGCGAAGAAUGAGUCGGAUUAUAAUGUCGAGAUUUGCUACACCAAGAACUGCAACUACACUGAGGGCAAUUACAUCGAUUACAAGUACUUUGAGCACAGCAACACUACUGCUCGUUAUGCCUUUGGUCAUGGCCUGUCAUACACCUCUUUUAAGUAUAGUGAUCUUCAGAGUACUAAGCUCAUGUCCAACCUCUCGUACCACGCCAAUGGGCGUCUGGAGGUCGGCGGCCGUGCAGACCUGUUCGACGUCGUCGCUCAGGUCGAUGUCAACGUACUCAACACCGGUUCGCGCGAUGGGGCUGAGGUUCCGCAGCUCUAUAUUGGUUACCCCGAGGGCUCCGCGGCUGAUCAACCAAUCAAGGCUCUUCGCGGCUUUGAACGUGUAGAGCUCAGGAAAAACGGAACCAGUCAAGUGAAGUUCCAGCUCAGGCGUAGAGACCUGUCAUUCUGGGAUGUGACUGCUCAGGAGUGGGCUCUACCAACCGGCAGCUUCAAGGUGUAUGUCGGAGCUUCUUCGACAGAUAUCCGCCAGACAGGUGUCCUCGCUAUGUAGGUGAGGCUUUUGCUCCCAGUGUGGAGAAUGAGGAGAAGGAUAAACUCCUGCAGGGCGGAAGCAAGAGACAAGAUGCUUGUGAAGUUGUUGUUGGACCUAUUUCGUCUAUCACAUUCAUGUUAACAACGUUUAUUUGCAUGUGUUAUACCUAGUUGACGUGACUUCGCUGCAACCGCAAUAUUAUCUCUGGAC